AUGGAGACAACUCAGCGCAAUGAGACCUGUGAUGAUGGGGAAACCAACCACGCCACGAGCGACCCGGACGACACGUAUCAGGAACAAUCGGCCACCAAGGUCAUACUUCUUCUGGUCUCGAUCAUGAUGACCAUGUUUCUGGUUGCUCUAGAUCGAACCAUCAUCUCAACGGCAAUCCCUCAAAUCACGGACGAAUUCGACUCCCUCUCCGACGUUGGCUGGUACGGAAGCGCAUAUCUGCUAACGUGCUGUGCAUUUCAAUUGCUAUUUGGAAAGAUCUACACUUUCUACCCGGUGAAAGCGGUUAUCGUGGCUAGCAUCCUCCUGUUCGAAGUUGGCUCAGUCGUUUGUGGAGCUGCGCCCAACUCUACGGCUUUUAUCGUUGGACGAGCUCUCGCAGGGAUUGGUGCCGCAGGGAUCUUUGCUGGAUCGGUUGUAUGUGUUGUUUAUGCUGUUCCUCUCGAAAAGCGCCCCAAGAUCCAAGGGCUUUUUGGGGCUGUCUUCGGUCUGGCCUCAAUUGUAGGCCCGCUGGUUGGCGGUGCCUUUACCUCGAAAGUAACGUGGAGAUGGUGCUUCUAUAUCAACCUCCCGUUCGGAGGCCUGGCAAUGGUCGCUAUCGCGUUUUGCCUCAAGGUGCCUGACAGAAAUACGACCAAGGUUUCAUGGACGGAGAAGCUGAAGCAGCUUGAUGUCCCUGGAAUUUGUUGCUUGAUCCCUGGCGUAGUCUGUCUGGUGUUGGCACUACAGUGGGGUGGGCAGACAUAUGCUUGGAACAAUGCCCGCAUAAUCGCCUUACUGGCCCUCAUGGGCGUCUUGCUGCUUGGUUUCGUGAUUGUCCAGAUCCUUCUGACAAGGACGGCGACUAUUCCUCCGCGCAUCUUCAGACGGCGCAGCAUCUUCGCCGGAGCUUGGGCGACCCUCUGCAUAGUAUACUUCCUGCCAAUCUGGUUCCAAUCCAUCAAAGGCGUCUCGGCCGUGGACUCGGGUCUCAGACUCCUGCCUCUGAUGCUCUCAAUGGUCGUCGCAUCAAUAUUCAGUGGCAUUACUACCCCGAAAAUCGGAUACUAUACCCCCUUUGCCAUUAUCGGAUCCUGCAUUAUGGCUAUUGGUGCUGGGCUCCUCACGACGCUGCAAAUCAGCACUGGCCAAGGCAAAUGGAUAGGCUAUCAGAUCCUGUAUGGCUUCGGCAUGGGGAUGUGCUUCCAGCAACCCAACCUCGCUGCGCAAACCGUCUUGCCGAGAAAAGAUGUGCCUGUCGGGAUUGCGGUCAUGUUCUUCAGCCAGCUGCUCGGUGCUGCGGUUUUUGUCCCGGUGGGGGAGAACGUACUGGCUAACCAGCUUAUGCUGAGGCUAUCUGGGAUUCCAGGAAUCGACUCCAAUAUUGUUGCGUCGGGCGGUGCAACAUCGCUACUGAGCUUGGUUCCUUCGAAUCUCCAGGGGACGGUAUUGAUGGCUUAUAACGAAGCACUGCGGAAGGUGUUCCAGAUUGGACUGAUCUUGGCCUGUCUGUCCAUUCUGGGGAAUGCCUCGCUUGAGUGGGCGAGUAUACUCAAAAAGUCGGAGGCCAGUGCUGGUGUCAAGACUUCCGAGGGCCUCAAAGAGCAUCAAUAG